GGCGCCUGGAGGGAAGUGCCUGUUGCCCUGGGCUUAGAGCUACUAGCCUAGCAGCACGCUGACUCCAUAACCUGCCCCAGAGUUACUUGGUUCAGCUGCAGCAGCAUCGCGGCCCCCCAGGGGUCCAACCCCAGGCGGUGUGGCACAGGGCCCUGCGAGACCAUGGCCCGCCUCUUCAGUCCCCGGCAGCCCCCCAGCGAAGACCUCUUCUACGAGACCUACUACAGCCUGAGCCAGCAGUACCCACUGCUGCUGCUGCUGCUGCUGAUCGUGCUCUUGGGGCUCCUGGCGCUGUUCCCUGUGGCCUGGGCAAGUGGCAGGGAGCUGGCCGCAGACCCAGCCUUCCUGACCACUGUGCUCUGCGCUCUGGGCGGCUUCUCACUGCUGCUGGUCCUGGCUUCCCGGGAGCAGCGACUGCAGCGCUGGACGCGUCCCCUGUCAGGCCUCGUGUGGGCAGCACUGCUCGCACUGGGCCACAGCUUCCUGUUCACUGGGGGCGUGGUGAGCGCCUGGGACCAGGUGUCCUUUUUCCUUUUUGUCAUCUUCACUGUGUAUGCCAUGUUGCCCUUGGACAUGAGGGACGCCAUCACCGCGGGGGUCACCACCUCAUUCUUGCACCUGCUGGUCCUUGGGCUGUAUCUUGGGCCUCAGCCCGACUCUCGGCCGGCGCUGCUGCCACAGCUGGCUGCAAACGCGGUGCUGUUCCUGUGCGGGAACGCGGCCGGAGCCUAUCACAAGGCGCUGAUGGAGCGCGCGCUGCGCGCCACGUUCCGGGAGGCGCUUAGCUCCCUGCACUCGCGGCGGAGACUGGACACCGAGAAGAAGCAUCAGGAACACCUUCUCUUGUCCAUCCUUCCUGCCUACCUGGCCCGAGAGAUGAAGGAGGAGAUCAUGGCCCGACUGCAGGCUGGACAGGGGUCACGGCCAGAGAGCACCAACAACUUCCACAGCCUCUAUGUCAAGAGGCACCAGGGAGUCAGCGUGCUGUAUGCUGACAUCGUGGGCUUCACGCGACUGGCCAGUGAGUGCUCCCCUAAGGAGUUGGUGCUUAUGCUCAACGAGCUCUUUGGCAAGUUCGACCAAAUCGCCAAGGAGCACGAAUGCAUGCGGAUCAAGAUCCUGGGAGACUGUUACUACUGUGUCUCUGGGCUGCCGCUCUCCCUGCCAGACCACGCCAUCAAUUGUGUGCGCAUGGGGCUGGACAUGUGCCGGGCCAUCAGGAAACUUCGGGCAGCCACGGGCGUGGAUAUCAACAUGCGUGUGGGCGUGCACUCAGGCAGCGUGCUCUGCGGGGUUAUCGGGCUACAGAAAUGGCAGUAUGAUGUCUGGUCCCAUGACGUCACUCUAGCCAACCACAUGGAGGCGAGUGGAGUGCCAGGGCGAGUACAUAUCACAGGGGCCACGCUGGCCCUGCUGGCCGGGGCUUAUGCUGUGGAGGAUGCAGCCAUGGAGCACCGGGACCCAUACCUUCGGGAGCUAGGGGAGCCGACCUACCUGGUCAUCGACCCCUGGGCUGCAGAGGAGGACGAGAAGGGCACUGCAGGAGGGUUGCUGUCCUCUCUGGAGGGCCCCAAGAUGCGUCCGUCCCUGCUGAUGACCCGCUACCUGGAGUCCUGGGGUGCAGCCAAGCCUUUCGCCCACCUGAGCCAUGUAGAGAGCCCUGUGUCCACGUCUACCCCUCUCCCGGAGAAGUCCCUGUCUUCCUUCAGCCCCCAGUGGAGCCUGGACCGGAGCCGUACCAUGCGGGCACUUGACGAGGAACUAGACACUGGGGAUGCCAAGUUCUUCCAGGUCAUCGAACAGCUCAAUUCUCAGAAACAGUGGAAACAGUCAAAGGACUUCAAUCCACUGACACUGUACUUCAGAGAGAAGGAGAUGGAGAAAGAGUAUCGGCUCUCUGCACUCCCCGCCUUCAAAUACUAUGCAGCCUGCACCUUCCUGGUUUUUCUCUCCAACUUCAUUAUCCAGAUGCUGGUGACCAACAGGCCUCCAGCUCUGACCAUCACCUAUAGCAUCACCUUCCUCCUCUUCUUCCUCCUCCUCUUCGUCUGCUUCUCAGAGCACCUGAUGAAGUGUGUCUUGAAAGGCCCCAAGAUGCUGCACUGGCUACCCACCCUGUCUGUCCUGGUGGCCACACGGCCAGGACUGCGAGUGGCUCUGGGCACCGCUACCAUCCUGCUCGUCUUCGUCAUGGCCAUUACCAGUCUGGUCUUCUUACCAGCAGCAUCAGCCUGCCCUUUCCAGGCUCCCAAUGUAUCCUCCAUGGCUUCCAACCUCUCCUGGGAGAUCCCUGGGUCCCUGCCUCUCAUCAGCGUGCCCUACUCCAUGCAUUGCUGCGUGUUGGGGUUCCUCUCCUGCUCCCUCUUCCUGCACAUGAGCUUUGAGCUGAAGCUGCUGCUGCUUCUGCUGUGGCUGACGGCCUCCUGCUCCAUCUUCCUGCACUCCCAUGCCUGGUUGUCCGACUGCCUCAUCGCCCGCCUCUACCUGGGCACCUUGGACUCCAGGCCAGGGGUGCUGAAGGAGCCCAAACUGAUGGGAGCAGCCUCCUUCUUCAUCUUCUUCUUCACCCUCCUAGUCCUGGCUCGGCAGAACGAAUAUUACUGCCGCCUGGACUUUCUGUGGAAGAAGAAGCUGAGGCAAGAGCAGGAGGAGACAGAGACGAUGGAGAACCUGACUCGGCUGCUCUUGGAGAACGUGCUCCCUGCCCACGUGGCCCCCCAGUUUAUUGGUCAGAAUCGGCGCAAUGAGGACCUCUACCACCAGUCCUAUGAGUGUGUGUGUGUCCUCUUCGCCUCGGUCCCAGACUUUAAGGAGUUCUACUCUGAGUCCAGCAUCAACCAUGAGGGGCUAGAGUGUCUGCGGCUGCUCAAUGAAAUAAUCGCUGAUUUUGAUGAGCUGCUCUCCAAGCCCAAGUUCAGUGGGGUGGAGAAGAUCAAAACCAUCUGCAGCACCUACAUGGCAGCUACCGGCUUGAACGCCGCCUCGGGACAGGAUGCACAGCAGGAUGCUGAGCAGAGCUGCGGCCACCUUGGCACCAUGGUAGAGUUUGCUGUGGCCCUUGGGUCUAAGCUGGAUGUCAUCAACAAGCACUCAUUCAACAACUUCCGCCUGCGUGUAGGGUUAAACCACGGACCUGUAGUGGCUGGAGUGAUUGGGGCCCAGAAACCACAAUAUGAUAUCUGGGGCAACACGGUGAACGUGGCCAGCCGCAUGGAGAGCACAGGCGUCCUGGGAAAAAUUCAGGUAACAGAAGAGACAGCCCGGGCCCUGCAGUCCUUAGGCUACACCUGCUACAGCCGGGGCAUCAUCAAGGUCAAAGGCAAAGGGCAGCUCUGCACCUACUUCUUGAACACAGACUUAACACGAACUGGACCUCCCUCAGCCACCCUAGGCUGAGAACCCAACCCUGUCCUCUUCAUCUGUAAGAUCCUCAGUAAAGAGACUCUGGUAUGUCUGGGUUAGAAUUGAUGUCAGAAGCUGCUAGUUUAGCUGAGGAGCAUCUUCUCCUUGCCUCUCAGUAGGACUGCUUCUUCCCAGGCCACACUGAAUGUGUGUGUGCAAGUGUGCACAUGAGUAUGUUAAAAAGGAGUGAUUUUUUUCUCACAAGCUCAGCAAAAGAACUGCCUCUGCCUCUCUGCCUGCAUGUCAACCUGAUUCCAGUAUUGGGCACCUUUGGAAGUAGGAAGAAUUUUAUCCACGUGACUCAAAACAAAGACUUGUCCUCUCCUGCUUCCCACCCACAGAUACUGGAAAGAGUCUCCAGGAAAACGUCAUUUGAUUUUUAUUUACACAACAAACACUAAAUAAGCACCUGUUAUGUGCUCGCUAUGUAGCAUGGGUGGGAGGCCUGGGGUAUAAUCUGUUAGGUCCCUCCUCAUUUCCGCUGCUGUUCUCAAGCUGACCCACCAUGCUUUCUAGCAAGGACAUGUAUACAGUUGGGGGUCUCCAAUUCUCAGGUCUCUCAGAUUUUCCAUUGCUUCCUUUUGCCUCCUGCCCAGAUGCUGAUAUUACAUAGGUCCUAAAGCAUCCAUGGCUCAUUCCUGCUCACGUUUUGGGUUCCAUGAGAGGUAUCUUGAUGUGCAGAUGUUACACGAAGAUUUUUGACUUUUCUCAUAGUUGUCUUUCUCUUUUUAUGCAAGAGAUUCCAAAAAGCAAACUGCCGCUACCAUCUUCUUAAAAUGCUAUCAGAACAGAGCCAGUCCAAGGCUCUCCAAGACAACAGUCUUUCCAAGUAAAGAAUGACCCAA